AUGUACAAGUUGAUCUGGGUUGGCCCGUCCGACUCGUACCAUUUCGGAAUGGGCAGUACAGUCUACCUCCAGGACUCACCAGCGACACCUUCAGCCACUGCGACGGAUAACGUGACUAUGGUGUCAGGCUGGCCGGCGUUCCUCUCGCGGUGCCACUCCAUUACGCCAUUUUGCUCGCCUGGGAACACCUUCUUCCUGAGUGCGCUACUCAGUAAUUGUCGUUUGAACGGAGAUUCCGAGACGAACACGACCAAGGCAACGUCUUCAUUGGUGGUGAUAGCCGAUAGCCGUGCAGAUGCGAUAGCGUGGGCGAGCUGCUCACUGCUGUUCGUCUCGCGAAGACCACCGAUCUGCCAGGAGGGGAUUGUUGCACACUUUAAUCAUCGUUACGUGUUUUCAGCUAUAGACGCUCCAGUGAACUGGAUGGCUCCGGUGGGUAGCUCUGCAGAAAGGGAAUUGCUGGACAUGCUGGACUUGCUGAGCUUCGCCGUCCCGUUGUAUGGAGUCACGUGUGCUGAAGGUUUCGUGGUCGGUGCGUCCGCCCUAGAAAAUGAAGUGGCGGCAAACUUCAGCUCCUUCGGUCAGUUCUCCCUCGAGGUGCUGGCAUGGGUUCUAUACCCAACUGCACGGCAUUUUCGCAACCUCCGGGUUGUCCGGCGUCUGGCGCUGAUACGGGAGCGACUGUCUUCUUCUAGAGAAAGUGACACGCCCUCCAGACUCAACGUACGUCGGUCUUCACUGAACUCCGUGUCCACGUCUGGCUCAAGAGACCAACUAGGUGGAGUAAGUCUUCAAGCGCAUGCCCCGAGACAAGACAACGCGCCAGUCAAUGAUGAACUUCUGAACGAAGACUUCUUUUACUCCUUCUUCUCGAGAUCUAUGUACCGGAAUCCGCGUGUGGUGGCUGCAACGUUUGUAUCCCAGCUACUCUCGUGGCAAAUCGUCCAGCCUAAUUCGGUCGUUUGGACAUGGAGCGACUCAUUCGCUCAGAAGUUGCAAGACAUUCGCGUCUGGGUGUUGCUGUUGCUGCUGGUGAAUAGUCUCUGGGGGUUAUUCGUCGCCGCUCAAGAGAAGCGUGCCUACCGGAUAGCUCGGCGAACGUACCUCGCGAGCGUGGAGAUAUUGGCGGUCGUGACGGUCGUAUCGUUCGUGAUGCGGGACAAGAUUUUCUCCAUGUGUGAGACCAAGUGGACGCUUGAACGCCAGCGCCUGUACGACUUCACAUCAUUCCCGGGCUUUCUCGCACACAGCUACAGCUUCAAUCUGGGCUUGGACUCGGUCGUGAUCACACCUGCUGACGUGCUGUGGGUGCAGUACGGCCCUUUGGUGCACAUUAUCGACACAAGCUUCGGGGUCCUCACGCUGUACAGUGCGCUCAAGACGACUUACUUUCUGCGCUACGAACGCGUCGCUGCUUGGAUCCGUCGGAGAUGGGGCAAACGACGAGGACCGAGCGUUAUCGCCGGAUCCAGGAUGUUGAAGCCGACCCCCUCCAUGCAGGACCUGCUUCAAAGCACCCGACAGCCAAGUCAGCAGCAAGAGCCACGGUACGAACGGUCAGAGCUAGAAGUGCUGCUGAACUGCCCCGUGCGCGCGAAAAGCAUCAUCCGCAACUCGAUGGAACUAGAGAAACCCAACAGUUACGGUCUCCCAGAGGCGACUCCGAGCUGUGCCCUGGACUUCGGCGUCAUGGUUCGUGAUGGGGAAGCGCACUCACGUAUCUGUUUCUGGGGCGUAUUCACAAAGAAGCACAAGCGCAUCAGUCUCCAACCCGAAGAUGGUGAGUCUCCGAGCCCGAGGUCACGGCGUCGAUCCAGUGUCGCGUUCAGCACGCCUCGCAGCAGCUUCACUCUCCUCUCGUCGUCCGUGGUUCCACUCAAUCACAACCCGGAAGGCCCUCGACUCGCUCUCGACAAACCACGGAAGCGACUGUCUGUCGAGCACUGA